CCUGCCGUUGAAGAACCUACCACUCAAGACCUGGUCGAACCCGAGCCAAUACCCGAGGAGCUAGGUGCCGGUGACCCUGUUAUUGAUAAACCGGUAGCUGAAGAGCAAGUAGAAGGUUUAUCUGCUACUGAAGAAUCAAAACCAGAAGACCCAAUAACUGAAGAGCCUGCAGCCAAGGAACCAGCAAGCGAAGAAGCAGCGGCUGUCGAGGCGGCUGUCGAAGAUCCAGCGGAAGAUCCUGUUGUUCAGGAGCCUGCAGAGGAACCCGCAGCUGAAGAAUCUAUUAUUAACGAAGCAGCCACUGAAGAGGUUGGUGUUGAGGAACCCGCUGCUGCGGAUGCGACAGCUACAGAAUCUGAAGCCAAACAACCUGCUGAUGUGGAUAAACAACCUAAGCCCGAGGAACCUGCGAGUGAGGCACCAACACCAGCUCCAAGUGGCCCUGUAGAAACUUCAGAUCAGCCAGAUGAAGUGGUUAUGGAAAAGGCGAGUGAACAACCUGCUCUUGUAGAAGAGACCACAACUCAGGAAAUAGCUACGGCGGAAGAGAAUAUUCCAAAUGAACCUGCUUCAGAAUCAACACCAGUAGCGACGGAAGAGGCUUCUGCCGAAGCCCCUGAGGCACCGGUAGCUGAAAAACCUCAGGAUGAUUCACCCCCGGCCGAGGAUGUUGUCAAGGAAGCAGCACCCCCUGAACAGCCAGCAGCAGAACCUGUAGCUAAAGAGGAACCGGUAUCAUCUCCAACAGAGGAACUGAAGACCAUUAAGGAACCAACCCCACAACCCGCACCUGUUGUUGAGGAGAAGCCUGCUGAAGAAAUCAAAGAAGAGCCAGUGCCGCAGGCCGUGGAAGCGCCUGUUUCAGAAGAUACAGCUUCAAAACCUAUCAUUGAAGAACCUGCUGCUGUUGAAGAUGCCCCUAACCAUAAAGCUGCAGAAGAAGCUGCUGUUGAGUCCAAAUCCAAAUCGCGAUCGAAGGAACGAUCGAAAGAGCGAUCAAAAGAAAAAAGACACAAGAAACACCGACGAUCCGCGCCAGCCGAGGAGCCACCACGACCUUCAAAAAGUUCGGGAGAGAAGAAACCAAGCUCUCGUCGACCAAGAGCCGAACGAGAGGUGCGGUCCUCGCCGCCAGUCGAUGCACCUGUUGAAGUGAAAGAGACGAAACACACUGGCCAAACGAGGCAUAGAAGUAACCGCCCUCGGCCAAACGAGACUGAAGCAGAGCGAGCAGAAAGACGAAAGAGGCGAGAAGCCCGCAGAGCUGAGGCAGAACGUUCAAAGGAAACUGGAAGCCCUAAGGAGGAACAUCCCAAGGAAGAACAUACCCGGAACCCACCAAAGCGACCUCUUGUGCGGCGAUUAUCACUAUCAGGCCGUGACCGACCUAACGCCGCCCCUAAAUCUGCUGGCCCAAGUCAAAACCCGAUAUCUUCGCUCGCCUCCAAGCCUCUCGCUUUGUUUAGGUUGAUUACUACUGGCCAAUCAACAGCUCACCAGCCGGUCAUGAAAGUGAAUGAACGAGCAAAGUCCUCAUCUCCAGUUCCUCCCGUCAAGCGGCCGUCACCUCCAAACACAUCUGGCUCCUCUACCCAUUCUCAGUCGAACUCGGGCUCUCGUUCGCACUCUGACAGGCGCCGUGAAAGAAGGUCAACCAACUCCGAGGAAGUAAGGGAGCGAGCACGACGAAGUAACGCCAGAAGUGAAGAGAACAAAUUGCGUGAAAGGAAGUCCCCCAAGACCGAUGAAGGGGCAGAGCAAGAAAAGCCCCCCAAGCCGAAGACAGAAGUACCGAAGCCUCGCGAACGAAGGCUAAGCAGAGGCGAGGACAGCAAAGAACGAAUGCCUAGCAAACAGGAAGAAGCCAAAGAGAAAGAGCCAGGAAAAGAGCAAGAGCACCGAGAACAUCGGGAGCACCGGGAGCACCGUCGAGAACGUCGACGGUCGAUGAGACUCGAAGCCCCGGCGGAAAAGACUGCUAAGAAAGAGGACCCUCCGCCAGAACGACUGCGUCGACGCCGCUCGAGUCUACAUAAACACCGCGAGGACGCUCCAUCAAGCAUGAGCUUCAGAGAGAAACUUCGACAAGUCCUUACCGCCGCAUGA